UUGACAAUGUCGUCAGACGCUAAACAAUGCAAAAUGUAUCCGUUUGAGGUGUGGUAAUCCAAUAAGGAGGAUUCGGUGUCUGAGUGGUGAGGUGGGGGCUGUGAGUAGGUCUAUACAAGCAGCCCAAGUGAGGAUCACUUAAAACUGUCAGCAUUCCUCAUAAAUAAGAUCAAUGCUCCCCAUUCAACCAAUACUGACAGUUGAAAGUGGAUCCAGUGGCCAUAAUCUAAUUAGCAGCACAGCACAGCAGCAGUUGACCGGCUUUGCAAAAGUGACUUUGUCGUUUGCAGCAGAGGUGAGCUUUGCAGCAGAGGUGGAUGCCAUCAGGAUCGUAAAGCUUCGACAGUUUUGAUGAAGAAUAGACGGCCGUCUCCGCGCAAGGAGCGAGGAGCAAGCACGAAGGGAGCAUCAUCGUCGGCGGGGGGUAAAGAGAAAGAGCGGCAACAGCUGUACCCCGACCCGGCGGUCGUCGCAGACUCUGACCCGGAGGACGAGGAGGGCGGAGGGGGCUUCGGCAAGUGGCUAAGGACUGGCGACGGCUUCCAGUAUCUGCGCUUCUUCGUCGUCCUCAACUCACUAGCAGUUUUCCUCACCAUGGGCUGGCCGCAGAUAUCUGUCAGCUUGCAAGCGCUCUACGAGUUCUUCACCGAGGACUAGGACUGCCAUAAAAGGAUUGAGAAGAACCUAACAAACUUUCCAUCACCAAAUAAGGUUGAAAUGGCGCUCACCGUUCCAGGGUUUGUGGUGGUGAUUUUCGUGUUGUGGUACAGUAUGGGAGUUUGGAAGUCAACCGAUCGGUAUUUCAGGGACGAGUACAAAAACCACUUGAAAAAAGAAAUCGAGAAGAACAAAUACCUGAAAGAAGAAGAAAUCAACAAGCUGAUAUCGGAGAGGCAAGAAUCUGACAAACCUGUCACACAAGGUGAGUUGGACAAAUUGGUGGAAAAUUUUCAAUUCGAGGAUAAAUCAGUAACUAAAAAUUCUCUACAUGAAUCACUAGAGUCGAAUGGAAUCGCUGACGAGGACAGCAAAGGUGGGAAAUCAAGUAAAACUUCAGAAGAUUGGGAAGACGAUAACUUCCCACAUUCACGUGACAGUGUUUGCUAUGCUGAUAGGGAUGAACUUUGUAAAUUGACUAUUGCUCAGCAGGCGACUGAGGACACUUUACACUUUGAUUAUACUGACGAAGAGGUCUGCUCUAUGCAAAGUGGGUCUGCUGACUAUUGUCAGCCAUAAACAUUCAAAUAAGUUUAUAUAUAAUUUAUUAGUGAAAUACAAAGUCUUGAACUAAGGGUGUGAUCACACUAAAUGCGUGCGUAUAAGUGCAAGUGCAAGCUUGGUUAUGCAUGACCAAGCGUGCAGAUCAUAAACAAAAUCUGGAUAGAGAAAAAGAAACACUCACACAGAACGCUUGCACUUGCUGGUUGCGUUCAGUGUGAGCAGCUAUAAGCAAGUCACAACGUGUAUCAAUGGCACUUUCGAAAUGUUGCUCUUCGGCUCAUGCACUGACGCACACUUGCACAUAUUCGCAUUCAAUGUGAUCACACGCUAAUAAGAAGGAAUUCAAUUUUAGUACAGAAAAAACUCUUUUAGGUUGAUCAAAAUAAGUGUUGAGAAUCAUAAUUCUAUCACCAAGUGCUUUGUUAAAUAAAGGGAUUUUCCUUAGAGCGUGA